AUGGGGAGGCAAGUGGAGGUGGAGGUGGAGGCCCACAGGGCGGUUAACACCACCCCGCACCACCCCGCCUCGCCCCAGGCUGGCAUGCCUACAGUAUUCACAGGCGGAGGUGCCAGGGCUUUUCAGAGAGGGGGCACACGGAUUGUGGAAACUGACUGGCAUGCGAAAGCCCACCACGCCAAAGAUGACGGCCAACCUGGAGACAGUGUUGGUCCUGAUGCUGAGACCCCUCCGACACCUGAGAUUGCUCUCGAGGUGUCGCCCCCUGAAGAGGCUGUAGCGGAGAGCAAAGACCCCAUAGGCACUGAGGGGGAGGAAGUCACUGAGACUGGGCCAAUAGUGACUGAGGUCACAGAGCCUGGGCCAAUCGUAACUGAGGUCCAAGAGCCUGAGCCAAUCGUGACAGAGGUCAGUGACCAAGAGCCAAUGGUGGUAGAGGUGACUGAGCCAGAGCCAGAGCCAAAGCCAGUUGUGGUUGAGGUCACAGAAGCAGGGCCAAUCACGGCAGCGGUGCCCGAGUCAGCCCAGCCUAUAGUAGCUGAGGUGAAGGAUCUGGAGCCAGUAGUGACUGAGGCGCUAGAGGCUGUAGAGGUAAAGGAGGAAGCCCCCUGCACGCCCCCUCCCCUGGAUAAAGAUGAUGACGCAACAGCCAGCACCCCUUCACCACCACCCCCUUCAGAUGAUAGCGUGCCUGUGUCGUCCAUGGGGAGAAAAGACUCAGUGUGGUCCUUGGGCGAAGGGCAACCUCCUGAGGACUUAGACAAGCCAAUUGAAACUCCGCCCCUCUUCACCCUCAUGAUUGAGAGACCUGAAACAUCAUCCAUCUCAGUCGGCGCGGACAUCACCUUUGUUGCCAAGGUGAAAGCGGAGGACCUGCUGCGCAAACCCACAAUCAAAUGGUUCAAGGGAAAAUGGAUGGACUUGGCCAGCAAGACUGGAAAACACAUGCAGCUGAAGGAGUCAUUUGAUCGCUUCACCAAGAUCCACACAUAUGAGAUGCACAUCAUUAAGGCCAAACCUAAUUAUGGUGGCAACUACAGGUGUGAAGUGAACUACAAGGACAAAUUUGACAGUUGCUCCUUUGACCUGGAAGUGAAAGAGACAGCUGAGCAGCAGAAUGUUGACAUUCGAUCGGCUUUCAAAAGAAGCAGUGAAGGCAGCGAGGAUGCGGGCGAUCUUGACUUUAGUGGUCUCCUAAAGCAUAGGGAGCCUAAACUGGAAGAGGCCCCCGACGUGGACGUCUGGGAUAUCCUCAAAAACGCUCGGCCAGACGAGUACGAGAAGAUAGCCUUCGAGUACGGCAUCACCGACCUACGCGGGCUUCUGAAGAGACUGAAGAAAACAACGAAGGUCGUGAAAAAGAGUGAAGCUUUUGCCAAAAAGCUGGAUCCGGCGUACCAGGCGGACAAAGGUGGAAAAAUCCGCCUUAUAGUUGACCUUGCCGACCCGACAGUGGAGCUGAAAUGGUACAAGAACGGGCAAGAGAUUCGCCCCACUCCCAAUAACCGGAAGUACAUCUUUGAGCACAAGGGCACGCAGAGGAUCAUGGUCAUCAACAACUGCCAAAUGGGCGAUGAUGCUGCCUACUCAGUUACCGCCGGAGAUGAGAAGUGUUCCACUGAGCUUUUUGUAAAAGAGAUCCCUGUGAACAUUACUAAGCAACUGGAGGCUGUGAAGACCACAGUCAACGAGCGCAUUGAGCUGGAGUGUGAAGUCUCUGAGGAGGGAGCUAAAAUCAAAUGGAUGAAGAACGGCGUUGAAGUUCCAACUGGAGUUCGUUCUCGGUACCGGGUGAAAUCCGAGGGCACCAAGCACUGGCUGAUUAUAGACGAUGCUACGAAGGAGGACACGGGCACUUACUCCCUGAUGGCAACAGGGGGCAACAGUGAGGCCCAUGUUCAGGUGGACUUGAAGCCUCUGAAGAUUCUCCAGGAUCUGGCGGACGUGACGGUUCUGUUGGGUCAGCCUCUGCCUCUCCACUGUGAGAUCACCCCGGGAAACGUUCCGGGCCGCUGGUACCGCAACGGUCAGCUGAUACAGUCGAACGACCGCAUCAACAUCCUCCACCGGGCCAAGAACCACAGAAUGGAGGUCCAGGCCACCACAAUUCAUGAUGCAGGGGAUUACACGUUUGUUCUGGAGGGCUACUCCCAGAGUCUAUCUGCCAAAGUUCACAUCAUUGAUCCUCCCAGGGUGAAUCUGGAUGCACUCAAUUUCCCAGACAACACCCUCACCAUUGUGGCCGGAAACAAACUCCGCCUGGAGGUCCCCAUCAGUGGAGAGCCGGCUCCAAGAGUGGUCUGGAUGAAGGGAGAGAGGGUGAUCUUGGAGUCAGGGAACAGAGUGCGGGCGGAGACCUUUGCCGACCAAACCUGUCUCACCAUUGAGAUCACAGAGAGGGAGGACUCGGGCAACUACAAGAUAGUCCUGCAGAACGAGGCGGGAGAGGCCACCGCCAAUGUCAAGGUCAAGGUCGUGGAUAUUCCAGAUCCACCUCCAGCUCCUCUAGUUCCGGUGGUCGGAGGAGACUGGUGCUCCAUGACAUGGGAGCCUCCAGUCUACAAUGGAGGAUCACCUAUUUUGGGCUACUUCAUUGAGAGGAAGAAGAAACAGAGCUCACGGUGGAUGAGGUUGAACUUUGACCUCUGCAAGGAGACGACCUUUGAACCCAAGAAGAUGAUUGAGGGCGUUCCGUAUGAGGUGCGAAUCUUCGCUGUGAACGCCAUUGGUGUCUCCAAGGCUAGCGAGCCCUCCAAAGCCUUUGUACCACUCGCUGUAACCAGUGAACCAACCAUGCUGGUGGUGGAUGAUGUCACUGACACCACGGUAACAAUGAAGUGGCGUCCACCUGACACGAUCGGUGCCGCGGGAUUGGACGGCUAUCUGGUGGAAUACCAAAUUGAAGGAUCGGACGAUUGGAUCACAGCCAAUCCAGGGCUGACGGAGAAGACCAGGUACACCGUGACGGGCCUGCCCACGGGGGUGAAGAUCCAGGUGAGGGUGAGGGCCAUUAACGCCGCCGGAGCCAGCCAACCGCGCACCACCCAACACGCCAUCUUCGUCAAGGAGGUCAUCGAACCUCCAAAGAUCAGGGUUCCCCGUCACCUGAAGCAGACAUUCACCCGUAAAGUGGGCGAAGCCGUCAAUAUCGUCGUGCCCUUCAUGGGCAAGCCUAGGCCAAAGGUCGGCUGGCUGAAAGACGGUGAGGAGGUGGAGCCCGCCCAGGUCAACAUCCGCAACACGGAGAGCGACAGCAUCUUCUUCAUACGCAAAGCCGAGCGCAAACACUCCGGCAAGUAUGAGAUGACCGUGCAGGUGGAGAACCAUAAGGACACGGCUCUGCUGGACAUCCAGAUCGUCGAUCUUCCUGGACCUCCCCAGUGUGUUAAGAUUGAGGAAGUGUGGGGGGAGAACGUGGCACUGGAUUGGUCUCCUCCCAAAGACAAUGGAAAUGCUCCAAUCACAGGCUACACCAUUCAGAAAGCAGAUAAAAAGACUAUGGAGUGGUACACCUGUAUCGAGCAUUACCACCGUACCUGCAUUACCAUCAGUGACCUGGUGGUGGGGAAUGAGUAUUUCUUCCGCAUCUUCUCAGAGAACAUGUGCGGCCUCAGCGAGUCCGCCACCGUCACCAAAGACAGCGCUCUCAUCGUCAAACAAGGGCUACACCUCAAGAACCCAGAGUACAUCGACCGCGACUUCACCGAGCCGCCGAAGUUCACACAGCCGCUCACCAGCAUCUUAGCCAUCGCCGGCUACAACGCCACGCUCAACUGCAGCGUCAGGGCUAACCCCAGGCCCAAGAUCAUCUGGAUGAAGAACAAGAUAGCAAUAGUAGACGACCCACGCUACCGCAUGUUUAGCAACCAAGGCGUGUGCACCCUGGAGAUCCGUAAGCCUAGCCCCUAUGACGGAGGCACGUACUCCUGCAAGGCCAUCAAUGACCUCGGCGAGGCUCUGGUGGAAUGCAAGCUGGAGGUCAAAGGCGGGUACACCUUUAUGGAGCUCAUGAAGAGGGGAGUGCCCCUACACCUGAUUGACAAGUACAUGAACGAGACAAAACAAGAGCAGGCGUCCAACUGACAAGACAAUUCCCCCUGAGUGCCGCUCAUAGCCAUAACCUGUGACCGAACCAAGUUUAUCCUCAGCUACUUGGCGGUGUCUGGGGGUGAGGGGGCGGUUGAGGGGGGAGGAGGGG